AGUUAGAGUCUCAAGACACGCCUCUUUCACGGUAUAAGGCCCCGUCCUCACCUGUGUUAGGUUUUUCUCGGCGGAGCCUUUCCAACCUUUAUCUGCCGAAGUUUUUAUUCCUCCGAGCCACGCCCCGUUCGCGGCACAAUCCCCGCCCCUUAGUAUAAAUAGCCGGCGUCUCUUGAGCCGCGCAGCCUUGUUCGGCAGUGCUGAAGGGAGCAAGGCUGAAGUGGGUGAGAGAGAACGCUCGCUCCCGUUCCUACCCCCACCUACGGGCGCGCGUACACCCACCCGCGGUGAGGGGAGGCGAGCCGAGGACCGGCUGAGCGGAGGAGGAGUUUUCCCGCUUGCUCGUAGGGCGUCGUCUCUCUACACAGAGCGGCUGGUUGCUCCUGAGCGAGGAAAGCAGAGCAUGGCGCUCUCGGUGCCGGUCAACGGGGUGAAGGAGGAAGGCGACAAGGAGCCUCUCAUCGAGCUCUUCGUCAAGGCUGGCAGUGAUGGUGAAAGCAUAGGGAACUGCCCCUUUUCUCAGAGACUCUUCAUGAUUCUUUGGCUGAAAGGAGUGGUAUUUAGUGUUACAACAGUUGACUUGAAAAGGAAGCCCGCAGACCUUCAGAACUUGGCUCCAGGAACUCACCCGCCCUUCAUAACAUUUAACAAUGAGGUAAAAACCGACGUGAACAAGAUUGAAGAGUUUCUUGAAGAAGUCCUCUGCCCGCCUAAGUAUGCAAAGCUUUCACCAAAACAUCCAGAAUCAAACACUGCUGGAAUGGACAUCUUUGCUAAGUUUUCUGCAUUUAUCAAGAAUUCCAGACCGGAAGCAAAUGAAGGCUUGGAGAAGAGCCUUCUGAAAACCCUGCAGAAGUUGGAUGACUACCUGAAUACUCCUCUCCCGGAUGAGAUUGAUGAGAACAGCAUGGAAGAUGUCAUAGCUUCCACCCGCAAGUUUCUGGAUGGCGAUGAGAUGACACUAGCAGACUGCAACUUACUGCCCAAAUUACACAUUGUCAAGGUUGUGGCCAAAAAGUAUCACAACUUUGAUAUUCCCAAGACAAUGACUGGGAUCUGGAGAUAUCUGUCAAAUGCCUACGGCCGAGACGAAUUCACCAACACUUGUCCUGGAGACAAAGAGAUUGAAAUCGCCUACAGCGACGUAGCUAAGAGACUCACCAAAUAAGCAGCAUUUCACACACAUUUCAUAAUGAAGCACUUGUUUUAACAGACUGCUCCUUUUUUGUCUUUUUAAGAUAGCGAUUUACUUUGCAUGUCCUUGCAGUUAUUCAGUGUUACGUUGGGUAGUUCAGGGACCAGGUAAAUUUUUUUUAAAAAAAAUGCAAAUCAAUGUUACGUCGCUUGCUUCUUCUGCCUCCUCUGAUGAGCAAGGCAAGCACAGCGUUUAAUGUUGCCAUGAAGCAAUUCUGGAACCUGGCCCAGAACGUGCUGGGUGAGAGCCCUGCUUACUACCAUGGUCUGCAGGUCCAGGGUCCAGUUUAGUCUUGUGAGCCGCCUUACACAGGCAGAAGAACCAAACGGUAAAUCUUUUUCCUGGAUUUGGUGGUGGGAGUGAGGCACAGGUUUGAACACUCUUUCCCUAUUAGAAGACACAUCCUCUCUCUCUUUUAUGUGCACACACACUUGGCUUGCUAGGAAGCUGAGUUCAGCCUACCCUUCUCCAAUACAGUAUUUUGAUGUACAGGGAGUUCUCUUCAUUGGGGGAGGAUUUACAACCUCCUCCAAAAGUAGGCAGUUCAGCCUAAGGAAAGUUGUUUACCGCUUGAUUCUGCUGAUCAUAUAUAAAGGAGCCCUUAAAUCUCCAACUGGGGUUUUCAGAUUUGUCUGGGGAGCACUUCUUGAUGUGGUUCAAGGAUCAUUUACGUAUUUUGGGGAUCUCGUUGCAUACAAGAGCUCUCCUGAAACACCGUUUCUGCUGGUCUGUUGGAACAGUGCACUGACAGCUCUUAUGGCCUUGCCGAAAAGAACGACGUGUAAGAGUCUUGAGCAAGCUUGCUUGCAGGGUUUUGUUCAUGCAGGAAAAGGCACAUUUGAACAAACUCAAGCACUAAAAACUGUUACCCACAAACAUUAGGAGCCAAAUAAACUGUUCUUGGAGGGGGGGGGAGAGAUGCAUUGCACAGCAUUUUGCACAUUCUCCUGUAGUCCUCCACAUGAUUAGAUCAAAAAGCCAGAAAACUUUAUUGGAGACAUAAGUGUCACCAUAAAUAUCAGAGUCUGGUAGUUGUGAUGAAAUGCUUGUUCAAGGCUAUAACAGCAAGUUGCAUUUUAUUAAGGCACUAAAACUUGUCAGUAUGCAGGAUUUAUUUCUUAAGGAACUAAUUGUUCAAAACCUGAGCUAUUAAACAGCCUAGAUAAGCCUGAAGUUUCUACUGGACACAGUGCUUUUUUAAAGUUGUUAGCUAGAAAUGCAGCUGUCGGUGCCAGGGAUGCUUCCUUCUCACUUUGUAUAUCAGACACUUCCAAAAAAAUUUUUUUUUUAAAAUUAAAUAUAUGCAAGUGGCCUUCAGAUACCAACGUCUUUGCCUUAUGUGCAUAAUUCCAUAUCAGUGAUUCUCGCCUUGGUAAAAAGUGUGGACUUUUCAGCCCCUCUUUUUACAUCUUUCUCCCUUCUUUAUGACAUACCUGAUUUCUGCAUUAGGUACCUGAUCUAUAAUUUUCUCACUCUACAAUCAACACGUUUAAAAUCAGAUUUGUGUUUUUUCUGUAACACCAUCAAGGAAACAAAUUCUGUGUCAUGGACUUGGGUUUUCUUUAAUAAAAAGAAAGGCGAGGAUUUGAGGCAUAGAGUAGCCUUCUAUUUAUUUUAAAUUACAUUAAAGACUGCUCAACAAAUACUAAUCUUUCCAGCAUAGCUUUUGCAACUUUUACAAUGAAGGGGACAUUUGUGGGUUUUUUCACAGAAGCGUAAAGACACCUGUUAACUGGCUUUGUCAGGAAGUGAUAUUCCUUAAAGGUUUGUGCCCAAUCCUGUGCAUACUUGUUCAGAAGCAAGUCCCACUGAGUUCAGCCUGGCUUAUUCCUAAGUACCUGUGUGGCAUUGCAGCCUGACCUACUCCACAUAAGUGAGAGUACAGAAGAGGAUUAGGAAACCUUUUUGUACAGCAUUUCAUUUUUGUAAGAGACUUGGUGUUAAGAGCCUUAGGUUUUUUGUUUUGUGUGUGUGUGUAAGCAUCCUACUUCUGUUGUGAUCUCUUAAUCAAAUAAGUAGAAACCUGGUUUCAGUAAUAGCUUUGUAUUGGUUAUCCAUGGCUUCAGGGUGCCUUUUUGCUCUUUGCUAGAUCUCAAGUGCCCAGUAUUAUGUUUAUGCUGCUGCUAAGUGUGUGGCCCCAAAGCUUUGACACAAAACUCUCAAAGGUAAAACCUUUUAUAGCAUGUUUGCUACCUCUUAGUUUAAUUUUAUAGGACGGAAAUCCAGAUCCUUUUUGCUGAUCUUGCCCACACCACCUUGUAGUAAGUUGGCUGACUUUGUAUGUACAUUGGAAAUAGCAGAAUUGUAUCUUAUGGCAUGGAGGACUCAUAAGCAGUGGGUGUUUGCCUUGCUAAUCCCCACACUUGUUUACCUUCCAGUUGUCGUUUUUUCCUGGCAAAUGAAAUCCUUCAGAUUGGAACUUUAGAUCCCAGCACGAAGGGCUCAAUGGGAUGCAAGUAAAAAGAUGGUCAGAGGUGGGGCCAUUAGUCCAAAUUUUUGCCAGGUGACUGUUCACAUACUAAUCUUACCUAACUGCUAUUUCCCCAUGUGGUUACUAAAUCCAGUUAGUCCAGAACAGAUGCUUGGUGAAUUAUGAUGAUUAAUUGAAAAUUUACCUUUAAUGAUUUGGGAAAGUAAUUAAGUUGGCACCUCCCAACUGUUUCAAUCAAAAGGGAGGAAGCAGCCUGCCAACUUUAAAAAAACUAUACUGUAAAUAACGCAGGGUAACCUUUAUCCUUCAGUGCUGAUUAUGUCUUUGCACUGUUGGAGGAAACUUUUAAGAUUUGAAAUACAGAAAGUGGUUAAAUCAUCUGCUCUUGAUUCUGUUAAGUUGGAAUGUAGAAGUCCUUUGGAAAUAUAUUUCAGAGAGAAGCCUUAUCUCCCUCCUAAAUAUUGAUGUAUAUAAAUAUGCUGCCUUGUGUGAUCAGUUACACAUUUUUUGUGUUGUAGAAGCAAUUACUCCCCACAAGUUAGGGUGCAUAAUUUGUGUUUACAAGUUAUAAUUUGGGUAACUUUAGCAGCCCAUAUGGGUGAAAGCAUUCAGUUUUCUUCUUGAAUGAAUCAAGAGAUUGGGUGUGUGUGUCUGACUUCAAAUGGGAAACAAAAAUGCAAUGAAAAUUUGAAAGGACUUCCCAUUCACUGGCCUUUGUUUAACCUGUAAAAUUAGUAGCAUUCAUUGGUAUGUACAGACUGACUCUCUGGAAGACAGAGAGGCCCCAAGUUUAGUUUGUGUUACCCUUCUCAGGUUGGAGCGAAGGGAACUUGUAAAUCUAAUACAUGUGAGUACCUACUAUGUAUAGCUUAGGAACUAGCUUACCUGCAGAACACUGAGGGGUUAGUGAUUUUGCCAGUUUCUUACAAAACUGAUAUUUAUGUACAUGCAUUCUUAAUAAAAUUUCACACAUUCUG